GCUCCCAGCCAGGGGACUCACACAGGACACCUCAUGCUCAGAGCAAACCAGGACUCUGCAACCUAAGAAUCCCAGAGUCAUGUGGGAAGGAUCUGGUGGACUCUGAUGUCUCGCACAAACUGCUGCACUGCAUAAUCCUUCAAGUAGCCGUAGCCCCCGUGCAUCUGCAGAGCCUGGUUACAGAUCUAAGAGGAGAACAUCGCUGCUCAGGUGACUUCUGGAGGACACAGCAGUGGCAGAAGCCCGGCGAAGAUAAUUCAAAGAGACCAGAGAUGCCUUGGCCGAGCAGAAAGAGAGACAAAGGAGCAGUAGCAGAUAAAAAAGAGCCUGAUGCUAAAAUUGCCAAAACCGAGGAGGAGACUUCGGAUAAGGAGGAGGAGGAGGAGAAGUCUGCAAAACCUCCAGCUGGGAGCUCCAAGUCAGGAUGGAAGAACUGGAAGAAGACAAAAGAAUCUGAGUCUGGUGGGGAGGAAAGCAAGAUCACUUACUGUCACUGGCUGCUGAAAUCAGAACCAGAGAGCAGGCUGGAGAAGGGGGUGGAUGUGAAAUUCAGCAUUGAUGACUUGAAAGCUCAGCCCAAUCAGACAACCUGCUGGGAUGGAGUGAGAAACUACCAGGCAAGGAAUUUCCUGAGAGCCAUGAAAAUUGGGCAGCAGGCUUUCUUCUACCACAGUAACUGUAAAGAGCCUGGCAUUGUGGCCAUUGUCAAGAUUGUAAAGGAGGCCUACCCUGAUCACACACAGUUUGAUCAGAAGGAUCCCCACUAUGAUUCCACCAGCAGAAAGGAGAACCCCAAAUGGUCCAUGGUGGACGUGCAGUUUGUGCGGAUGACGAAGAGGUUCAUCCCCCUCUCGGAGAUCAAGGCUCACCACCUGGCACACAAAGCAGAUGGGGGGCCCCUGAAGGACAUGAUGCUCUUCACAAGACAACGUCUUUCCAUCCAACCACUGACACAAGAGCAAUUUGAUUUUGUCUUGAGCCUGGAAGAGGAAAAGCCACAUUAAGGAGCUGAGAGCUGCCCAGCUUCCCCCCAGCCUGCUGAUGCCUCCUCCUCAACCAGCACAGUUCUCAAGUUUACCUGCUCAGCUGCAGCCCCACGAACACGCCCACACACGAUUCUCAGCCACACGUCCCUUACUCUGACACACUGUUAUUUUUGCUUAUUUUUAAAUAAAUAAAGCCUUUUGGAAUCAA